AUGCGUGGUGCACUUGAGGCUGCGAGGCUACGAGAAGAGAAAACUCGUGCGGACGCUGAACGUGUGGAGAAGGAAAAUGAAGAGUUAAAGUGGCGAUGGAAUGAGGAUACGAUGGCUUGGAGGAGGAGAGAAGGCGAACUACAAGCCCAAGUCCAUCAUCUCAUGCAGCAGCUUCAGGCAGCAUACUCUGUCCUUACAACCUUGCAAUCCCAGGCACAGGCCCAAGCUCAGGCCCAAUCUCCCUCAUCGUCUUACUCCUCUCCCUCAUCGCCAUCCCCACGCCUGCAACCACACAGCCCCAAUAUCUCUCACAAUGGCCUUCCCCCAAAUUUCAGUCACAAUCCACCCGCACACGUCCAAGCACUCCUUGCAUCAUCCUACCACCUACCCCCGGCUUUACAGUCUGAGAAUGACUAUGAGUCCGGGAAGCAGCGUGAGGGAACGGCGGUGGCAAAGGCCAAUAUACCCCUGAUACGACUUCCUCGGCCGGGUCAUCGCCAUCACGUGGGAGGGCGGCGACGGCGCGAUUCGGCAUCUUCGUCUGCUCAGAGAAUAAUACGCUAUGGGAGCGGGACAAGUGGGAAAGAGGACGCAGGACGUGUGCCUAGCAGGAUGAGCGAGAGAUCAGAUGCUUCUGCAAGCGGAGGCAGCUACGGGGUGCUGAGUAUGUCGAGUUUGUCAUCGGGUAAGAGCGAAGAUGAGACGGGUGGCGUCAUCGCAGACGGCGAUUCUACUCUGGCAGAAGUGACCCGAGGUACUAAAGCUGGCGGCGAGGGAAACGUCGGAUCCCGACGUACCUGCGCAAGACAGCUCGUUCUGGGUCCCAACUCCAGCUCCUUCGAACGGCAUUCAAUAACCACCAGAGGUUGGGUGUUGACUCAUAGCGAACACAGGGAAAAUAUAGAUGGUUACAAGCCAGGUGGAUAUCACCCGGUAAACUUAGGCGACACAUUUCCUUCGCGGGAGAUACCGAGUUCUCCACAAGCUCGGAGUGGGAUCAAUGUCAACGGUCUGGCUCGCCAAGGAUGCCUUGGGAUAUCCUCACACGGGGUGACGCUGAAAAUAGUCAUUGCCGAUCUUUCAAGUAACAACGGAGAAUCUGCAAUCUUAGAAUGGCUGAGCACUAGACCUCGUGAUCAUCCUGGUGCCAAACAUAUUGUUCAAAUACAGGGUCCCAACGGAAUGCACCAAGUGCUCGUGAUGGACGUACUUGGAUCAUUAUACUCGCUUAUUCCCCCAAGAUGGCUUUCAUCAACAAUGGUUGAGUAUAUACAUUUUGGGAACUUCGGUUUCAAGAUACCCAGUAUCAACCAAUACACAGAGAUUGAAAUGUAUCGACUCAUACGGGAGCCGAAAUUGAUUCCUGUGAUACCACACUAUCACUGGGUACCAAGCAAUUCUCUUCCAAAGUACCUUGUGGCGGUACCGGAGACUGCGCACUUUAUGCCUAAAGUGUUCGCGGAGAUCCUAAGAGACAAGCUGACGGUGCAGAUUAUAGAUUUUGGUAAUGGUCUGUCACCCUUUCUAGGGUAUUAUAACGGUCAACUGACCCUUGUGAAUACUAGCAUUUCGAUUACAGGAUGGAAGACCUCUGAAGCGUCCAGGCACGUGCCACGUACCAUCCGUCCCCCUGAGUUGACGUUCUACGAGCUAUCCGGCGGUCAAGUCAAGAUGAAUAUGGGAGAUAGGGUUUUCAGAUGUGAUGCUCGCAAAAGCAGCGACGACGACAACAGGCUUAUCUAUGAAACGAUGAAACUCGUUGGCCCAUUGCCGGAGCGGUGGAAACCGUACUGGGAUUCGAAGUGUUUCGAAGACUGGUACAGUUACGUUGUGGUUGUCGAUUGCAUCACUGACAGUGGAAACGUCAGUGUCUUGCAAGUCCGCAUGUCAAAAACACCCAGUUUUAAAGAAGUCACCUUUGCCGGAAUCUUGAUUCGUGUAAAAAUUUGA